AUGGUGAACCUAGGGGAGAUUUUUCCUGAUUUCCAUGUCCGCACCAGCGAAGGCGAGCUUGAUUUCCACAAAUUUAUCGAAGGAUCGUAAGUAGAAGUUUGAAAUAAUUUUUGCGCACUGUAAACCUUUUUGAAUUUUUGUUGUCUGUGGUGGUCCACAAGUCUAGUGCCUAAAGUUUUUCUGUUAUCUUUUAUUCUCCGAUCUACCGAGAUCUAAUUUGACGUUUCAUCUUGCAGAACUGACAAAACAAUUUCAACUGGCUGUUCGUUCUAGUCAUUCAUGAUCUUUUGUUGGCUCUGGCCUGCGCAAUACCGUUUGCGUUGUUUACAUCGAACGCGGGUUAUAUAUUUCAGUUUAAUCAAACCCAUUUCGACUUUUGCACGAAAGAUGUCAGCACAUGCACGAAAGAUAGAGAGAAAGAAAUGAUUUAAACUGUCUUGACAUGCCACUCUUACAAUCCGUGUUAGUUAUGGGGUGUGUUGUAAGGAUAGUGUUCCAUUAAUUAAGGGGGGCUCUGUUACGUCAAUUUGACCUAUUUUCGUGAUAGGAAAUAUUUGCAAUGUCAUUUCCCGUGGAAAAACGAACGCUCGACGUCAGAAUGAGCCAAGCAGAAGCGAGGUGUGUUAAGGAUUUAUAAGGACAGCGAAAGAUAAAUAAGAAAAUGUCAAUUACUUGCACAAUGUUAUGAAUUCAACUAAAUUAAGCCAUCAGUCAAACAGAUGAUGAAUUAUCAAUUACUGACAAGUAACUAAUUAAGGCAAACAAACGGUGACCUUUUAGGUGGAUGAAGGUCUACAAAAAAAAAAAAAGAACUUGUUCAGUAUGUAACAAUCCGGGCUAUGUUUUUUCAAGGGAUUACAUGUGUUUCUGAGCCCUUAACAAUAUUAAAAGAUUUGAAAUUGAGACAAAAACAGGAAGGGCGGCCCACUUGUAUGCUCUUUAGUGAGUUGUUAAAGAACCCGUGCUUACACAGGCCCUGGCCUCCGAGAGUUAUGCAAUGGUAUGUAAUAGCCUACUUGGAGACCAGUGAGUAUCUAUUGUCGGGGGGGGGGGGAGAUGGGAGGGUUUUGGGGGAGUCACAUGGUUUUCAGAGGAAAAGAAGGGGGGGCGGGUUAAUCGUCGCCAACAGAAUACGAUGAUGGGGGGGGACUAUAGGGACUAAUUGACCGCCAAUUAACUGCCAGUGAGGCGAGGGGGGGGAAGGGUUAUCAUAAGAAUAUUUCAGGGUGGGAUCAUAAAAUUAUUUCGUGCCACAACCAAAAUCCCACCCUCCUUCCCCUCAAGCGAUAAAUAAUGACCGAUCCCUCCCAUGAACGGGGCUUGAAUGAGACGGGAAAAAAGUUACUCCUUUUAGAGAUGUGUCUGUCGCGUUAGUCGCAACUGAUGUUGAUGGUUUUUUCCCUGUAAAUCUUUUCUUUUUCAUUAUCUCGCAUAAUUUCAGCAAUUUUGUGAAUUUCUCUUUGUCAUGACUGAGCCCAUUCCCUUCCUCAGAGCUUGAGGGUUCAAGUUAGCUCCCUUCCGGAAAUCCAAUUUCCUUCAGCCCUCACGUCAAAUAAUACGACAAAACUGAAACUAAACUUACGCGGUUUGGCGAAAAAAAGCGAACCUCAAGUGCCCGUGCAGCUUGUUCGUGGCUUUACAAUCCGCGAAAUAGGAAAUUUGCAUGUGAUAAAUCUCUUCUUCCAUGGCCACGUGCCGAAGAAGUCAUGAGUAAAAGUAGGUUGCAGAAGCUCAAGGUUAUACGGGAAAAACUGAUUUUAUAAUAAGAAGUACAACAUCAUAUCAAGCUGCGAAUUCCUUAUUAGUACGAUGCAUCAUUGUAGUGCACUGUUGUUACUCUCUAUAGAUGGGCCAUUUUAUUCGCUCACCCCGCCGACUACACACCCGUGUGUACCACUGAGUUGGGCUGCUUGGUUGGAAUGAUCCCAGAAUUCACCAAGCGCGGUGUUAAGCUCAUUGCUUUGUCAUGUGAUGAUGUUGACACACACAAAGGAUGGAUGGAAGAUAUCAAGGCCUUCAUCAAGACAGACCUAAUGGACUUCCCUUAUCCGAUUAUUGCCGACCAAGGGCGUGAACUGGCUGUGAAACUGGGAAUGGUCGAUCCUGACGAAAAGGAUGCUCAAGGAAUGCCACUUACUUGCCGUGCGGUAGGCGUUUUGACCGUGUUUCCAAAUAAAUACGCGAUGGCAGAGCGGUUUUUGCAAUGCGCGUAUGAUAGAAAGAUCCGAAAUAGAGACCUGUUCAAGAAAAUUGAGACACUUUUCCCUCAAAGCGCUCCUCAUCAACUUCACAAGAAGUAUAAGUAGAUAUCAGUAAAAUCUCAGUAAAACAAACCCUUGGGGCGGGAGAAAGAAAUUAUACUCCUAGUUGUUUCAUGUUGCCAGAAACUUGGUUAAACUCCGGCUGUCUUUCGAAUCAGUCUAACAGACACUCCACUGAAAAAACAUUGAAACCUAAAAAGCAUAAACCAUGAACGAUGAGACCUAAUGGCAUUAUGGGAGAUGUUGAUUUCCACAAAUUUAUCGAAUAUUUAUAGAUGCUUUUCAUAAUGUUAAAGGUGUUCGUUAUCGGACCAGACAAGAAACUUAAGUUGUCAUUCCUGUAUCCCGCCUCGUGUGGACGGAACUUGCAGUAAGUCAAGUCAUUAAUCCUUUACACCCUUAUAUCAAUGUGCAUAUUCUCCAUACUUUCUCUAGACAAUUCUAAGAAGCUGACAAAGAGAAUUUGUUUAAAAAUCAAGAACUUCCUUAGUUGGUGACCUUUCCCUUUAAUCUCGUGACCUUAAUGUGUGAUUUAGAGGUGAUAUUGUGAUAAGAAAUUAGAUGCUGAUCAGUCGUUGGGGUCAAAGGGUUAAAAAUUAAGUCUAAGCCACGCCCAGAGUGGUCUUUGAUUCACGAUUUCCGACAAGCACUCCUUACCGGAUCAUUUGGGAAAUCACCCGAGAGUAACUGGCUAUUUUACUUCGCUUGCAGUGAACUAUUACGUGUGAUAGACUCAUUGCAGUUGACUGCCACAAAACAAGUGGCCACUCCUGCAGACUGGGAGGUAGGUUGUCUUUAUUGAAAAAGUAGAGCACUUGAGGUAGUUGAGAGGCUUGAUGAGUUCGUAUACAUUAUUUGGCGUUAGAUGCAUAUGCGGACAACGAAAAAAAGUUACAAUUUACGUCUCUCCUUACUUGUUCCCUAAAGUUUGUAGCUUGCUAGUUUGUAACACUCAACCGAUAUCUGGGAGGCACGGGUUGAAUUCUAAAGCAAAAACUAAAAUGUUCUUGGACGCCAUUGAAUACGGUUUAGAUGCAAAGAACAAUUUAUCACUUGGAUUGAUAAUCUUCGUAGUUUAUAAGUACCAAAAUAAAAACAACAACAACAACAACAACAACAGCAAUACAUCAGGGGUGGAUCCAACAUUUUUUUCUCAGAAGGGGGUACGCCUCUAAUGAAUGGCGUAACUGAUCGCAAACAUAUUAUGAAAACGAACGACGAAGAGUAAGACCUAAGACUAGACAAAAAGGUAAAGUGAACAACUUAGAUGAACGCUACGGCAGGUUUUCUAUAACCGUGUAGUUAUAUCAGAAAGCCUCAGGUCACCUCAGAGGGGAGGGGAUGCACAUCCCCUGUACCCCUCUCCUAGAUCUGCCCACUGAAAUUUUCCUGACAACCUCGUUUCCAAAAUCCAUAAUUUAUUUAACAACGAUGGCUUUUCUGCCACGACGGCAAGGCAUCCGCCUAAAUAAACUGGGCUCCUUGUCAGUUACUAUGAUGUUUGCAUUGAAGUGAAUUUAUUAUUUUAUCAUUUGACCUUUUUCAGCCUGGCAAAGACUGUAUGGUUCUUCCCACGGUGAAAGAUGAAGAUCUUGAGAAACUAUUUCCAAAGGGUGUCAAAGUCAGAGAAAUGCCCUCAGGUAAAGGGUACAUGCGGUACACUCCUCAUGAACAAACAGAGUAGAACUGAAUGUGAAUUAAAGCUUGUCAGUUGUC